AUGGACGGGGAUCUUUAUGACGAAUUCGGUAAUUACAUCGGCCCCGAUUUAGAAUCCGACUCUGAAGAUGAACAGAGUGUGUAUGGCCAAGAUAACCGAGAUGGUGAUGAAGAUGCUAUGGAGGAAGACGAAGACGCAGACGCUGAGCCCGAAGUAGCUCCGAUGUCUGUUGUAUUGCAUGAGGAUAAGAGAUAUUACCCACAAGCAGUUGAAGUAUAUGGCCCUGAUGUGGAGACAGUGGUUCAAGAAGAGGACACACAGGCCCUCGACAAACCGCUGGUCGAGCCUGUUAAACAUAAGAAAUUUCAAGUUCAAGAGCAACAUUUACCGGAGACCACUUACGACAUGGAAUAUUUAGCCGACAUGCUAGAUAACACCAACCUCAUGAGAAAUGUUACAUUAAUGGGACAUUUACAUAACGGUAAAACAUCGUUUGUGGAUUGCCUUAUCCGUCAAACACAUCCCGGUACAGUCAACAAUGAGACGACAAUCCCCAUGAGGUAUACAGACACGCUGUUUGUUGAACAGGAGCGGGGAGUCUCCAUCAAAUCUAUGCCUGUCACUCUACUCCUUAAAGAUAUCAAGGGGAAAUCACAUUUACUUAAUAUUAUGGAUACUCCUGGACAUGUGAACUUUAGUGAUGAAGUCACCGCUGCUUUGAGGAUAUCUGACGGUGCGGUAUUAUUCGUGGAUGCGGCGGAGGGUAUAAUGUUGAACACUGAGCGGUUGUUACGUCACGCGGUCCAGGAACGAGUGCCGCUCACACUGUGUAUUAAUAAGAUAGAUCGUCUUAUAUUGGAAUUGAAGCUGCCACCCGCGGACGCGUACUACAAGCUGAGGCACAUUAUAGACGAACUGAACACUAUGCUUGAAACCAACCAGCCUCAAGACAACGCUGAUGAACCGCCCAUUGUGUUCUCACCCUUACUAGGUAACGUUUGCUUCGCGUCGUCUCUGUACGAUGUUUGUUUCACACUGGAGUCCUUCGCCGCUAUGUACGCGCGGACUCACGAGGGCUUGCGAGCUGGCGAAAUGUCCCGCUGGCUGUGGGGUGACAUGUACUUCAAUAAUAAGACGCGCCGGUUCACUAAGAAACAACCGCACGCCUCGGCCCAGAGGAGCUUCGUGGAGUUCAUACUUGAACCGCUGUAUAAGAUAUUCGCUCAGGUGGUUGGUGAUGUGGACGACACUCUCCUCACAGUACUGGCCGAACUGGGAAUCAAACUGACUAAACAGGAAGCUAAACUGAACGUGAGACCGCUCUUGAGACUAGUCUGCAGCAGAUUCUUUGGUGAUUUUUGCGGUUUCGUAGACAUGGUAGUUCGUCACGUGCCGUCUCCUCUAGACGCCGCCCCUCGCAAGGUGCAGCACUGUUACCGCGGCGCUAACGGCCCGCUCUACGACGACAUGAUGACGUGCGACCAGUCCGGCCGGCUGGUGGCUCACACCACCAAGAUGUACCCCACAGACGACUGCACAUUCUUCCUUGUGCUGGCUCGUAUAAUGUCUGGUACACUGUAUGCAGGACAGACUGUGCGUGUGUUGGGAGAGAACUACUCCUCACAGGAUGAAGAGGACUCGAGGAUCAUGAAUGUUGGUCGGCUAUGGAUCUAUGAAGCCAGAUACAAGGUGGAACUGAAUAGAGUUCCCGCUGGUUGCUGGGCUCUCAUAGAAGGUAUAGACCAGCCUAUAGUGAAAACUUGUACUGUGGUCUCCGCUGAUGAGGAAGAGGAACUUCACACAUUCAAGCCGUUGAGGUUUAACACACAAGCUGUUGUCAAGAUAGCUGUUGAGCCCGUCAACCCAUCUGAACUGCCUAAAAUGCUGGAUGGACUUAGAAAGGUGAACAAGUCUUACCCGGUGUUGUCAACUCGUGUGGAGGAAAGUGGAGAACAUGUGGUGCUGGGGACCGGGGAGUUGUAUCUUGACUGUGUGAUGCAUGAUCUUAGAGAUAUGUACUCGGAGAUUGAUAUUAAAGUUGCAGAUCCAGUAGUUUCGUUCUGUGAGACGGUAGUAGAAACUUCGUCUCUGAAGUGUUUUGCGGAGACUCCCAACAAGAGGAACAAGCUGACCAUGAUUGCUGAACCUCUAGAAAGAGGACUCGCUGAGGAUAUUGAGGCGGGGGCUGUUUGUGUCACCUGGGAUAGAAGAAGACUCGGGGAAUUCUUCCAGACCAAAUACGACUGGGAUCUGUUGGCGGCUCGGUCUAUCUGGGCGUUCGGUCCAGAUGCCGCGGGUCCUAAUAUACUGGUCGAUGAUACGCUGCCCUCUGAGGUCGACAAACAUUUAUUGGCCUCUGUCAAGGACAGUAUCGUGCAAGGCUUCCAGUGGGGUACUCGCGAGGGUCCUCUGUGCGAGGAACCCAUCAGGAACGUGAAGUUUAAGAUCCUGGACGCCGUGAUCGCCAACGAGCCGCUCCAUCGCGGCGGAGGACAGAUCAUACCUACCGCUAGACGGGUGGCGUACUCAGCGUUCCUCAUGGCCACUCCCCGCCUGAUGGAGCCCUACCUGUUCGUGGAGGUGCAGGCGCCCGCAGAUUGCGUGUCCGCCGUAUACACCGUGCUGGCUAAGAGGAGAGGUCACGUGACCCAGGACGCGCCCGUCCCAGGCUCGCCUCUAUACACUAUCAAGGCCUUCGUCCCCGCGAUCGACUCGUUCGGCUUUGAGACUGAUUUGAGGACCCACACGCAGGGCCAGGCGUUUUGCCUGCAAGUGUUCCACCACUGGCAGAUUGUUCCCGGCGAUCCUCUGGAUAAGAGCAUCGUCAUCAGACCUCUCGAGCCCCAGCCGGCGACUCACCUCGCGCGUGAGUUCAUGAUCAAGACGAGGAGGCGGAAGGGUCUCAGUGAGGACGUGUCCAUCAAUAAAUUCUUCGACGACCCUAUGUUGUUGGAGCUAGCGAGACAAGAUGUACAAUUCAAUUAA